AUGCAGGGCGCCAACAAGAAGCACCUUGUUGUAAGGAUCACGAUCCCUCGGUGCACGUUUUCCGGGGGUGACGAGAAUGGUGCCUUCACGGGCGAGCAGCUCAGGUACCCCUGCAAGCUGAGGCGCCACAUCUGCGCGAGGUGCGGGAAGCACCGCGGCGAGCACCGCCGCGCCAGCGCGGGCAUCUGGGAGGAGCACCUGCCGCCGCGCAAGAGACCCAUGUUCAGGAGGCUGGGACAGCAAUUCCUGCGGCAGGGCGGCGGCAAGAUGGAGAAGAGGGAGGAGGGGGAGGAGGGGGAGAUUUGGAACGGCGACGCGAUCACCAAGGGGAAGCGAGGCCCCAGGAGAAAGCGCGCGGAAAUGCUGAGAGCUGACAAGUUUGAAUAA